UUUCGGGCAGGUGGAAUCUGCGUCCAGAUACUUUGGCUAAAGAUCGCCUGACAUGAGCAAUUUGUAUGAGGUAAUUUCAGGAAGACGGAAAAGGGAUAUUCUAUUCCACAAUAGUGAUUUUUCGCUGCGCCGGUGUAUAAAUAUGGUUAGCCUGGAAAUAUCUGACAUGGUGAGAUGCGACAAUUAGUCUCUGGCUAGCUCUCGGAACGCGAUGUAACUUGUAGCUAGCCAACGCAUCUCUCUGGAAAGCUGUGGGCAUUGUUAGAUGCUGUCAUUUCAACCUUUGAAUAGAAAUGUAAUAAAUGGAGCACGUGGAGAAUUCGGGGGAAAAUGGGAGAUCAAGCUCGUUUUCAAACUGACUGAAAAAUUGCCUACUCUUUUUGCAGUAUCCAAAUGAAAUUGCCGCAAGUGUGGGCUUUUUUUCUUUAUAUUUUUCUGCUGGCAGCCAGUGUCAGUAGCUAACUAUUGGGAAGCUUUUCUCUUUUUUGAUCGAGUAACGCGAAAAACAGCCUCAUGUGUCCACUGUAAAUUAUGAAUAUAUUGAUAUUUCCACAAUAAGCUGGUAAUGUUCGCUUAAUUCGACGAAAUCUACUACAAAUAGCCUAUUAGAAAUAAUAGAGGAGUAAAACGGGAAAUUAUGGAUGAAGGUAAUGUUCACGAAACUAUACCAGAUUUAAAAGACCUAGAGCUCAAAAUUGGGAGGAAAACGCCUGAGGGACUGCUUAAGUGGAUGCGAGAAGAUGCCUCGCAUCGUGGAGACAGUGUUCUAAAAACACAGGAAUGUAAAGAUCUGGACCUCGGGAGGAAGGGCCUCACCGAAAAAAUAAGAGACUUAAAACUGGAAAUGGCUCACCUGCGCUCCGUGGAUGUGAAGAUCCUGCAGCAGCUGCUGGCGGUGCACGAGGGCAUCGAGGCGGUCAAGUGGCUUCUGGAGGAGCGCAGCACCCUGACCAGCCACUGCAGCAGCCUGACCAGCAGCCAGUACAGCCUGGGCGAGGGACUGGACACCUCCCUGAGGGGCAGCUGGAGCAGCCUGCAGGACCCCAACGACAAGCUGGACAACAUCUCCGUGGGCAGCUACCUGGACACCCUAGCCGACGACAUGGACGAAUACUGCCCCUCCAGCUCCGAAUCGGUCCUGUGCUCCACCCCCCUGGGGACGGACGCGCCCGACCGGACAGGGGGCGCGGCGGGGUCCCCCCUGGUCAGGUCCGAGCACCUCAAAGAGGAGCCCCAGGUCUGGGCCAAGCAGGAGGGCCCCAAACCUCAGGAGGGUGGGAGAACCGCGUCCUCCAGCAAGGACGGUGGCCAGGUGCAGCCGGGCAGGAGUAACGGUUUCCCGGAUAAGGGGAGCAGGCAGGGCGGCGCCCCGGAAUCGGCCCGGGCCUGCCUCGCCGAGAAGCUGGGGAAGAACCAGAGCCCCAAACUCAAGCCCUACAAGAACGGCAAGAUCGACCUGGAGGGGUGCAAGCUGAACAGCAAAAUGCACCUGGAGUACGACGCCCACUGGCGCUGGGUGCAGUCGCAGGACGACGUGACGUUUUUGUGAGACGCGCCAGCGGUCAAAUCCACUCCAUCCCUGUAGUGUUUCUAUUAGGAGGCAUUUAGACUGCAGCCCCCCAGUGAAAGCACUGCAGAGGUACAGGGGGUUGCUGGCUGGUUGAAGUUGGCAGUGUAACCACGGUUAAUCGGUUACGUCGUGCAGUGCUCCUCAGGUGUGUUUCAUGUCCAGACUCGCAGGAUGAUAAGCUGUGUUCUGUCCUUAGCUCCAUAAGUACGGUUGCACAGUUUAUUUUAGUGCCACUCUCUCCAUGCUAUGAAGGCGGUUCUGAACAGGCACCUCACAGCCAGUGUCCACCAUCAAUGUGGAGGUUGGCAGCAUUGCUUUUGUUAAUAAAAAAGAACUAAAUUUUUUGGCUGGAAUUUUACUUUGGUCACAGUUAUAUCAAAUUGUUUACUGAACCGCUAAGCAUUAAUCACGCACCGGACAGAGUCAGUCGAUGUUUCAGGAACAGUGCUAAUGCAAUACUGUACCGUAAUUUCGAAUUGGUUUGUACAUUUACUUUUUGUGAGUAGGCCAAAAUAUCAAUUUAAUCUCUACUUUGGGUCUAUUGCAGUAGCUGUGGUUGGUUGCUGUCAUUACAAGUGUACUUAAGCACACCUGUGUAAUUGUAGAUGUAUGUAUAAUGCCAUCCUUCAGAUAUAACUUAUCAAUUGCAAUACAAUUUUGCUGUAAAUCAGGUGUGUCAUUGGUUGUUAUUAUAUUAUAUUGCUGCUUUUGGUAAUUGUGUUUCUUUCAGUACAGUACUAAUCAAUAUAAUCAAAUUAAAUAUUAUAUAACUUAAUUCACGCCACGUGCACUGUUGUACAUGUUGCUAGAUAUUCCAUUGAUGAUUCAGACACUAUUUGUGGUUUGUUGUUUUUCCAUCCAGUGAACAGCAAUAAGCCUUGUCAGAGGUUAUCUGUAUGGCUGGGUGAAUGUAACAUAUUGAAGGCAGUAUCAGUUUUAGUCAUAAGAAUUUAGCAGAACGCUUCAAUCAAUCAUCUUGACUCACUGGGGAAUCUUCAUAGGUCACAGAAAGUGACCGUAACAGAGAAAUGUCCAGUGUUUCACAAGCCACUAGGAGCCCUGAUGCAGCGGCAGACAUUCCCCCACCGUUAAAAGCCAGUGUUCGUGGCAAUGCGUGCUUAAGAGUUUCCAUGCCUGCUAAAUUUGUGCUGCUAUGUUGCAGUUAACUGGGUGGAAAAUGGUGUGAAAGAGCAGCACUGAGUGCCUGGGGUUACUGCUGCAGGAGGCCAGGCUCCCAGGGAGCUGAGCCAUUGUGAAAGGGCCCUUCCCUCCUGCUCUGGGCACAGCGUUCCCUCUCUCCUCCACCUAAAUCGCUCUCAUAGCUACGGUAGCUAGUUGUUCUCUCAGGCCAAACGAGAUGCAUGUAUAAUCAGUGUGUAAUGUCUAACUGAGCCUGCAGAUGCAGUGCAGACUCAUCGCAGGUUAGUGGCUAAGUGGACUAAGCCUGUACGUGAGUGGACCUUUGCAUUCAAAUGACCCAGCCUCCCACGUUUUUCAGUUAAACGCUGACAAUCAUUGUUGUUUUCUCCCAUCCUCCUGCCUGUGUUUCGCUCUUGCAUGGUAUCCCCUCAGCAGUCUCAGCGGUGUAGAGUUUUUACGGUUCCUCUCAGCCCCAGAACACUGCCCCCCUUCUCCUCCAUCUUUCUGCUGCACUUGGGCUUUCAAAGGAAUGGCCGGCUUCCAGUCGCGCUGUGACUAGCUGGAAAGGCUGCGCCAGCAGACAUCAGGACCCAGUCAUGCACAAGUGUACAAUAAGGAUUGUCAUGCGAAAACGGUGACCUUGGACCAGUUCUGAGGAUGGCAGGGGUCUGAGCCAAAUUCCGUUUCCAAAGUGUGUAGACACAAUUCUGUUAACCAUUUUUUUAACCACUGUUUCUGUUCUGUUUAAGUGGGAUUCUAGUACUUCUAAUGACAAAAUGGUAACGUUCAUCUUUGGUCGGGUACAUGUUCCCUAUUGUGACAAAUCUGCUGAAAUAUUCCAGAUUGUUUAGUUAUACAGAUGUUCUGGCAGUGAUGAAACAUCCAAAGAGUUUUCUUAUGGUUGUUUGUGGUAUAAAUCAACUCCCCCAUAUGGAAGAACCAUCAUUUUUAUAUGGCCCUCUAUCUGAAUAGUCCUUUGGCAGAUACAUUAAUUUAAAUUAUAUGUUUGUAUAAUGUGAUCGAAAUGUAUUUCUGAAUAUAUUUGAGAUGUAUAGAAAUAUGUAUAUUAGAAUAUAUUUUCAUAAAAUGUAAUGUUACUGUUUAUCAAUUAGGCAGUUUUAUUAUAUUUCUUGGAAUGUUUACUAUAAUCAGUUGCUAUAAGUGAGUUUUUGGUCAGUUUUCUCAUGUAGGCAUUCACCUUAUUUUACUUUGGACCAGGUUACCAGCCAAUACAGAAAAAUGGCCUGAUUUUACAGCCUGCUCAUUGAUUCUGUACCCUAGAAUACGUUUCACAGCUUAGUCACUCUAACUGUCCUGCUACUUCCAUGGUAAGGUUUUUUAUGAAGAACUACAUACCCAUAUGUUGUAUAUCCAACCAUCAGUAUCCCUGACUCCUUUCCCCGGUGUACAUCCCACUCAACUGUCAUUGAGUGCCUGGGAACUUUCUCAGAUCUGGAAGCCGGCGGCACGCAAUAAUGAGUUAAAGCACGGAAAGAGGCUUUGAGCAGCUAGCAGUUGGGGCUUGUCGGACAGUGUUUGAUUGGCUAAUUAAGUUUCCACAGCGCUGGGUGUGGAAUGGUCCGUGGAGCCUCUACUUCCAAUGCCCCCUGUGCCUCUGAAUAAUCCCAGUAUUGACUUGUGUUUGAAGCACCUGAUCUCUGCUGAAAGAAGGGAGCUGUUUAGCUCAGCUUUUCUUUCUUGUUUUCAAUUGUGUGUGUGUGUGUGUGUGUGUGUGUGUGUUUGUUUCUGAGUGUCAGGAAAGAUGUGGGGAGGGAUGGUGCAGGGUAUUUGUUCACCUUACAGGACUGGAGCAGAAGAAAAGCCAUUGAGACCAACUGUGAUGCACUGGAUCCUGCUGCCAAAUUGACUUUGAUUUUGGUUGUGCUUGAAUCAUAGGGUUUAUUUUUAGUUGAAUGACUCUGUUCAUGGAGUAGUAUUUUGGAGACCAAGCUUUUGUUCUCUUGUAAAAUGUAUGAAAGUAUGAAAUAUGCAUUAUUCUGGAUGUUAUACAGUAUGCAACUGUACAGUGCUUAUGAACAUUAAAGUAUGCUAUAUGGUAAACCUA